CCUUCCUGGAAAUUAAUCCUCUGGCUUCAACCUGUACCCCUGUAGUGGCUGCUGUUUGGGGGCUGGGUUCAAGAGCUUCCUUGGUUCUAAGGAGAUAUAGACGCCCAUGGAGGAGGAGGAGGAAGAGGAGGCUGCAAAUAUCUCUGAGGCAGGCCAGGCUCAGGCAGCUGGGAAACAGAGGCAGCCAUGGCAGGAAAUGGAACAGGAAGUCGACAGUGAGGAGGCCAGAUGUCUGAGUAAUGUGCAGGUAGUUGAGAAUGAGGUAGAACCAUGUGUGAUUCUGCCAGGACUUAAGCAUGAAGAUGUAAAAGUGAACUUGAAACAGAAGAGAGUUCCUACGAGAGAGAGACCCCAUAAAUGUGAACAAUGUGGGACAAGCUUCAAUUGGAAGUCAAACCUUACUGCACAUCGAAGACUCCAUGCAGGGGUGAAGCCAUAUAAACACUCCAGGGGAGGAAAGAGCUUCUGUCAUACAUCAAAAGUUGCCGGAAGACAAAGAAUUUGCACAGGAGAGAUGCUCUAUAAAUGUGACCUAUGUGAAAAGGGCUUCAAGAGGAAGUCGAACUUGACUGCACAUCGAAGAAUCCACACUAGAGAGACAUUUCAUAAAUGCUCGGAAUGUGACCACAGCUUCAGUAACAGCACAAACCUUACUGCACAUCAGAGAACCCAUACAGAGAAAAAGCUAGAGAGUGGCACCAGUUAUGCUUCUCAAGCAAGCUCUGUUGAACGUAAAACAAUCCACACUGGAGGGAGACCUUAUAAAUGCUCGGCAUGUGAACAUAGCUGCAGUAGCAGCACAAACUUCAUUGCCCAUUGGAGAGCCCACAUAGAGAAGCCAGAUUGUGGCGUAAGCUCUGUUCCUCCAUCAGAUUUUGUUGGAGCUGACACAACCCGCUCUGUAAAGAAACAUUUUAUAUGCUCCAAAUGUCAAACGUGUUUCAUGUCUGCCUUAAGCCUUGGAAUACAUCAGCUGGGUCACAAGGAGGAGGUACCGUAGAAAUUUUCAGACCUUGUUUGCUAAAUCAAAGGAAAUAAAAGAAUUCACACAGGAAAUGCUUGGAGUGUGGAAAAGUGUGUGCUGUACA